ACGAGCACGAGCAGGGCUGCGGCUGUCCGCGAGCCCGUACACAACCUGGAGGAAGGCACCGUGUGGGAAACGUUCAACCCCCCUCUCCUUUUUAUUACAGCCAGAUCACCACAAGACCACAGACAAAACACGACAGUAUAUCCGUGAUGGCGGAGUUGCAAGAUUUAGUGGAGCGUUUGGAGAAAUCUGUCGAACGACUGGAGUUAGCAUCUUUGAAGAUACCAGGUGUUCUGACCCCAGUUUCUGGCACAGUGAAUGGAGACAAUGGAGUUCAAGAUCUGGCACCAUAUGUGGAAGCUUUCGAUGUUGUGUUGGCAGGUCCUGUUGCAGAUUUUAUGAAACACAGCAAGAAUCUUGGGGAAGAUGUGGAGAAACAUGCAGAGAUAUUUAGUUCAGCUUUUGAAGCCCAGAGAGAUUUCCUGGCGAUGGCCUGUAAACGACAGCAGCCUCUGGAGAAUGAGAUGAAUGCACUUCUCAAACCCAUAUCAGACAGAAUUCAGGAAAUCCAGAACUUUCGAGAGAAGAACCGUGGCAGUAAGAUGUUUAACCACUUGUCAGCUGUCAGCGAGAGCAUCGCAGCACUGGGAUGGGUUGCAGUGGCCCCUAAGCCAGGUCCCUACGUUAAGGAGAUGAAUGAUGCGGCCACCUUCUAUACUAACAGGGUGUUAAAGGAGUAUAAGGAUACUGACAAGAGACAUGUAGAAUGGGUCAAAUCAUUUCUCAGUAUCUGGACAGAGCUUCAGGCCUACAUCAAGGAGUACCACACUACUGGACUCUUGUGGAAUAAGGUUGGCCAUGCAAAGUCCCCACUUUCUUGUGGCAAUUGUCCCCCACCUCCCCCUCCUCCUCCUCCUGGGCCCCCUCCAAUCUUAUUGCCAGAAACAUCCAAGGAUGAGGCGUCUGUGGCACGUUCCCAGCUCUUUGCACAACUUAACCAAGGAGAAGGGAUUACUAAAGGUCUCCGCCAUGUUCCUGAUGACCAGAAGACCCACAAGAAUCCAAAUCUUCGUCCACGGACUGCAGUGAUCAUUUCCCCAUCAAAGAGUCACUCAUCCAGUCCUACAUCGCCCAUGUCCUCUCCACAGCAGCCAAGGAUGCCUGUGCUGGAGCUAGAAGGAAAGAAGUGGAAAGUGGAAUACCAGGAAAAUAAUGACAAUAUUGUCAUUUCUGAGACUGAACUGAAGCAUGUUGUUUAUGUCUAUAAAUGCAGCAACUCUACACUGAAAAUCCAAGGCAAAGUCAAUUCCAUUACAAUUGAUUCUUGUAAAAAGCUUGGCCUUGUGUUUGACAAUGUGGUGGGAAUAGUUGAAAUAAUCAAUUCCAGAGAUGUGCAAGUUCAGGUCAUGGGCAAAGUACCUACUGUAUCUAUAAAUAAGACCGAGGGAUGUCACAUAUACCUCAGUGAAGAGUCUUUAGGAUGUGAGAUUAUCAGUGCCAAGUCUUCUGAAAUGAAUGUUCUAAUUCCUCAGGAUGAUGAUUAUAAGGAGUAUCCAGUCCCAGAACAGUUCAAGACUAUAUGGAUUGGUUCAAGGCUAUUUACUGAAGCAGCAGAGAAUGUUGGUUAACUGCCAAAGUUACAAGCUGUUCUGUAAUUCAUGUGUUUUAUUCUAGAGUUAUAGUUCACCAUGAUGCAAUUUUACACUUCGUGUAGCCAUAGCAUAUAAUACCACAGUAGUCAGACACCUUGCAGUAGCUGCAUUACAUGUAGAGGUGCAAUGAUUGAUGGUCUUACUGGCUCUCUGUUUUUAGCAACUGUGGGUUACGAUGCUUGUAUAUAUUUUUAGUGUAAUCAACAUCUUUGUACUUUUUGAGCUUUGUAUGACAAAAUCUCACCCAGUUCUUUAAUCAGUUUAGAUAUCCCAGGAUUUAAGUUAUUCAAAAUUAAUCAUUGCACCUGUUGGUUAAAGUCAAUUUUGUUAUUGUGCAUCUCACCAGAAUUCCUUCUAAUGUGGAAAAAAUGUCAUUUGAGCCUCUCUUUUAUAAUCUCCAUUUAAGGUUAUCCCAAGGACAACAAUCUUUCACAAAUAGUUGCUGUGAAACUAUUUCAGUUAACGUUCCAUACCUUUUGUUUGUGUUGCCCAUAAAUUGCCCAACAAGAUUUUCUUGGUCAGGGUGAAUGUUGCCCUUUCAGGGAUGUUGCCAUGGACUACAAAUUGUAGUUUUAACAACCAAUAUUUUUACAUAUCUUUGUUAAUGCAUUUCUGAUUUCCUCAGUUUUGUUUUGUACACUAAAGUUGCCCAAUGUUAAGUCUAAAUAUGUAGUUUAUAAAGUUAGGUAAUGCCUGUCUUUUCAUAAAAUGUUGACAUAACGUGAUAGUAGGUAAUAGCUUAGAUGCAAGCCACUUCUGUAAAAGUAGGUUUUAAUUUGUCCCCUGCAGGCUUUUACCUAAAUGGCCAGGCCAUUUCAAAGUAAAUGGCAGAAAUAGAUCAAAGGCUCAGAUCCACUCAUCUAUAUUGAUCAGUGUCAUACAUAUGCAGUAGUCAGGUCCUGGCAGAGACAUUACAAUGUAAUGGCUUCUAUAACCUCAUGUUAUGCAGGUACCAAGAUGUCCUCACCCACAGUAUUGGCAAGAUAAAUGCAGACUUCUACUGUUCUAAGUUUCAAAGUUAAUCCUUGACAAUAUUUUAGUGUAGAAAAUAGAUACAGUUUGUUGCACCAUAAUAUUGCAGUUGUUCCUGUUAUGAGCUUUUUUUGAGGAAUUAGUUACUGUAAUUUGUAAUAUCACUAGAUGAUUUGAAGAAUACUGUCAUGUGUCAAAAGGAAGGUGUUCUGCAAAUAAAAAAACUUGCAAAGUCUAA